AUGCGUUUAAAUAUUUUUAUGGUGGUUUUGUUAUUUUUUAUUGUAGCGAUAAAUGCACAAUAUGACUUUGACACAAGUGAAGUACAUGCUGAUGAAUUAAAAUGCGUUGUUUGUAGAGCGACUAUCAAAGAAAUAGAAAAUGCCUUGGCUGAAAUAGAUCCUUCUCGUCAAAUUGAAGUAGGAAGUCGUAUAGAUGCUCAUGGAAAUAUGGUUAACAAGAAGGUACCAAUGAUAGAAUCUGAAACUCACUUUUCUGAAAUAUUAGAAAAUGUAUGUGCUAAAUUAGAUGACUAUGUACGUGCGAGAUACAAAUCUAAUAAAAAACUCACGAUACUUAAUUUGAUUUCACCUUCUGGUGGUAUGAAUCCUGACAUGGGUAAAGUUAAUAUUGUCCAGGAUAGUGAUCUCAAUAAAAGUCUACGUUUUACUUGUGAAGAAAUAAUUGAUGACAACGAAGAUUAUAUCACAAGUAUUUUCAAAAAGGGCAGUUCUGAUACUGUCAAUCACAUAUGUACACGAUCUUUGAGUCUUUGUGAAGAUUUAGAUGCUGAUUCUGAAACUGAUGACAAAGAUGGCGAUGAUUAUGAAGAUGCUAAAGAUGAACUUUAA